UGAGCCACUUGAGCCUGGAGCAGAUGGAAAGAUUGUAGUGGGGGGAAAGCAAGCAAGCAGCAGAGAGAGUGAGGAUUGGAAGAAGCCAUGCAGAGAGUGAGGCAGCCCAGCGACGAUGCUUGAUGAACUGAACCACUGAGCGUCAAAAAGUCCACUUUGACUGAGCCCCAGAGAGACCAAGGCAUCAGACAGGACAGCCCUGAGGGGAGACAUCAACUCAUCUUCCCAGCUGACGGGCAAAAAUCAGCCCAGGACGUGGAGAACAAAAAAAAGAAAGAGUUAGAGACGAGGAGGGGAGCUUUACACAUGAGAGUUAAAGCAGAGAGGCAGAAGGAGAUGCUCAGAGGGACCAGAUAGUGAAGACAAAAGUGAAACAAGUCACAGGAUUGCUACAGGUGUGUCUUCAGAGUCUGCUCAAAGAAAGGGCGACACACCAGAGUCACCCACACUAAAGCUGCUGCAAGUGAAACAGGGAGUACAAGAGCGAGAGCAGGCAGACGCAGAGGGACAAAGCUAGACAAGGAUGGCCAACUCAGGUCUCCAGCUGUUGGGUUAUUUUCUGGCGUUGGGUGGUUGGAUCGGCAUCAUCUCUACCACUGCCUUGCCCCAGUGGAAGCAGUCGUCGUACGCCGGCGAUGCCAUCAUCACGGCCGUGGGUCUGUACGAGGGGCUGUGGAUGAGCUGUGCCUCGCAGAGUACAGGACAGGUGCAGUGCAAGAUCUUUGACUCCAUGCUCUCGCUGGACAUCCACAUCCAGACAUGUCGGGCCCUCAUGGUAGUGUCAGUACUGCUGGGCUUUAUCGGCAUCAUUGUCAGCGUGGUGGGCAUGAAGUGCACUAAGGUGGGAGAUAACAACCCAUCCACCAAAACCCGCAUCGCUGUGACUGGAGGAGCUCUCUUCCUGCUCGCAGGUGUAUGCACACUGGUGUCUGUGUCCUGGUAUGCCACUCAGGUGUCCUAUCAGUUCUUCAACCCAAAUACACCGCCCAACGCCAGGUAUGAGUUUGGCUCGGCCCUGUUUGUGGGCUGGGCGGCGGCCAGUCUGACGGUCCUGGGUGGCUCCUUGCUGUGCUGCUCCUGCUCUAAAGAUGACAUGCGAGGGCAGCAAUAUUACCGUCAAUCACAGCCUUCCACAGCCAGGGAACCAAAUGUUAAAAGUACCCCACCAGAGAAAAGGGAGCAGUACUUGUAGUUUGGGAGAGUCUUCUGGCCUUACCAUGGUUUAGAUUCUGUCAACAGACAAAAGCCUCUCACUGAGGAAUUCAAAACAGACAGACAGAGUUUUUGAACGCCAAGCUUUCAAGCAUAUUGCAGCAACAUAAAUUAGAGACUUUGCUGAAGUUAAAGAAAUUGUUUGGGGAGGUUUUGGGAAAUAGUUGUUUCAUGGGGAUUGACAAACAUGAUAUACUUGUCUUGUCUGUUUUGUUGACUUUGGGAGAGACACUCAUUCAGGGUAUGUUUUCUAUAACAUGUUAAAAUGCCCAGGUGUAUAUACCACCUACUCUAUUCUUUUUUUUUUUUUACUACAUAUAUAAUGUUUUACUACAGUGCCUUAUAACACAUGUUCGUGCACAUGUAUGUUUUUGACUUGGAUUCUCUAUAGUCUCCCAUCCGAUCUGAGGGAUGUGUGUCCAUAGCUCCUCUGCCAGCAGUUAUUGCAGUUAGCAGUUAUUGUUAUUAUUGUCGGAUAUCUGAAAAUGAAUGUGAAGCUAUCUCUGCAGUGCCACUUACGAAACAACAAAGACAUACGUACGAUAGAUCUUCGGCAGCAUAGUGCCUUAUGCCACUGUUUGUAAGAAGCUGUGUGCCUGUUUCCAAGUAGCCUGGAUUGAGGAUAUACCCAGUACAUUUAUUUUGUUUUGUUAAGUGCCAAUAUGAGUUUGUGUGAAUGACAGAGUCGUUGUAUUAUUGACUCAAAAGGAUGUACUGUACUGUGUGCUGUCUCCUGUACUAAGAAACGCCAGUUUGCUGAGCGUUCAGAUGCCCUUCUGAUGCCUGCAUUUAUUUACCAUGCCAUUCCUUUCUCUAAUAUUUACCUCCUCGAUGUUGUGUAUCAUCUCAUUUACAGCAUAGCCCUGUCUGUUUCUUUUAGAAUAAA